AUGUCUGCUCUUGCUGAGCUUGGUGGAAUGUUUGGAAAUCGACUGUGUUUAUUUAGAUCUAGUGGGCCUAAUUACUGUGUUUUUUAAGUUUUCGUUUCAAAGCAUAUUAGAAAGAGUGAUAUUCUACAUCAUUUACCAUGAUAAAUAAAUAGUGGAGUAGAACAAAAAAAAAACCCAAGAAAAUGGCUUUCAUUGGUGUGAGUGAUGAUUUUGAUCUGGAUGAUGAUGGCAUUCUGCGAGAUUCUAUGAGUGGUGACCUGUUGAUGGACGAUGAUGGAAUUUUACAAGAUGACCACCCCAUCUUUAAAAACGUGGCACGCAAUCACUGGACUGACUCCGGCUUCAGUGGAGACAAGCAGUCUGGCACCUCGACACUGCAGCAUCUACAGAACAGCUUUGAGGAAGAGAUAAUCCCAUCAGGAGAUGAAAGCAUCAACAUCAGCGAGCUGGAGGCAUCUAAAGAUGAGCUGAGCUUUGAAGGUCUGGAAGAUAACUAUAGAAGUAGAGGCAGCAAGCGAGGAAAGAACAUUUCUUCCGAUCUGCUUGACACACUAGGAAGUACCCUAGAAAAGCCCCAGGAUUAUCAGCAUGAACCCCAUGCUAAACAAAACAAAAAGAUGUUUGAUGACAUAAACCAAAACCCAGUGGAGUAUGACAAAGAGUAUUACCAGCAGUUGCAUGACCUGGGGAUAUUAGUGGAUGGUGUGGAUUUAUCCAGGGAUUCUAUUGAUGAUGAAGUGGAUUCAAGAGCAGACAGCAACGGCGCUGAUGGUAAUAAGGAACAGCAAGACCUUAUAGCAGCGUACCUGGCGAGUGAGUACAGGAGGGAGGAAGAGGAGGAGGAUUCACCUCCUGCAGGGAGGCGGAGUGGUCUCCGUGACGCACAACACUCUCAGCAAAGUGAAUCUGGAGUCGGGGCUGAGCCGUAUUCAAGAGCAAGCUCAGCUCGGACGGUUAGCAGUCAUAGUUUCCCAGACGAUGCUGAGGACUUUGCCAGUGAGAAUCUGUCUCAGAAUUUAGGUAGUCAGGGGGCGACACUUUCCCAGAAGACAACAGGAGAUGAUGAAGAGAUAUUCAGCAUUACGAGUAGGAUACUCCCGACCUCACCAGCGGAUGUUAUGAAACCUGGUUAUGAGCCUCCUAAACGUGGCAGUUUUAGUAGGAAAGCGGGUGGAGAAGUAUACCCGGCAUACAACAAAAAUUCCAGCUUCUCUGGAGUGGUGAACCAUAGCAGAGGAAACACACCCAAAUUCAGACCCAAUGACUCACAAGAAGAUGCUAGAUCUGUGUACUCUGAAUCCACGCCCAUCAGAUCUCGCCCAUCAUCCACAACCAGCCACAUGUCAACCACGUCAGAAAUUGUGUCGGCCCGGCAAAAAAAAGCGGAAGAGCUCGCCACACAAAGAAUGUCCAAGGCCAGGUCACAGGAGAGCUUUUUCGAAGGGGAGCAAACUCCUAAAAAAUCUGUCGAGAAAUCCCACCAGAAGCGACUGCUUCCAACAAUGAGUAGCUCCGAGCCUAGCCACUCCUUUAAGGUGAAGAGUAAAAGUGUGAGCAACAUAGCCAAUAAAUCAGGCCCUGUAAAACCAACCCACAUGACAGUGUCGGAGAUCUCGAGGCUGACCAAUAUGGAACAACCCCCAGCGCUACCAUGGGAAGACAACCAGGUUGUGAAACGAGAACCAGGGGAGGAAACUCCUGUUGAUCUCUCAAAUCGGCUAACGCAAGAGGCGCAGAAAAGGAAGCAAGCGACCGAACUUGUGCAGCAACUGCAGAAGGACUACGACAACCUGCUGACCAAGUACGCCCUGGCUGAGCUCACUAUUGACCAGAUGCGUCUUGGGGCUAAGAUAACCCUACACACAGACUCCCCAACACCUGGCCAGGCGCACACAGGUGUGUUAUCACCUGUGCCUGGACAGAGCUUGCAGGUCAUGUCCUUACGCCACUCACCCAGUCAGGCACAGGUGAUGAGGUCCUCACCCUCGCAGGGCAUGAUGGGACACAUGAGUACAUUUACAGAUUCGGGAGAUCAAACGGAUGGCAGGUCACGCGGUUCACCCGCCGAGCCGAGGUCAAGGUCACGACCCGACCUCCAGAAAGGACCCCUGUCCCUGGUGCACCAGUCCGUGACGGAAAUCGAGGAUGGCCUGCAGGAGGUGCCCGAGCACGUGACACAGGUCGUCAAGGCCGACAUGUUGGUCAAGGCCAGGGACAUGGAUGAGAGGCUGGAGUCCUUCUACAGCCUCCUAGAGGAUGGUCAGCUGAACCUGGAGGACCAGGAGAAGGUGUUUGAGAAGAUCAAGGCUGACCAUGACACACUCAGGAGGGCGUACCUGCAAGCUAAAGAUGAUUACAACGUUCUUAGGCGGUCAGGGGCGAUAACUUCAGAGUCACAAAAUUUUGAUCAGAAUAAAGAGUUAGAAGGGCAUUUAUUUAGGCUGGGCAUGAGGUUUGAUGAAGUUCAAGAGAAAGUGGAGAAAAAUUUGACAGAAAAACCCCUACAGAGACAGCCUUUUCAGACAGACACCAAGGCAAACAAUGAGAAGAAUAAAGGUGGUGAAGGAAAGAAAGACAAAAAACACGAUGACUCUGAUGGGAAGGGGGGCGGUAAGGUUCAGGCUGAUCAGAAGAGGGCUGUGAAUUCAAGCAGGACAACAUCUGUCGACUCCACAGAAGAUGUCAUUUUUGAGCAGAGAGUUACGGAACUUAGGCAGGAGUAUAACUCUGGAAUGGAUGCCUACAGGAAGCUGAAAUACCUGGCCAGUACACCUGAGGGGGAGAAGCAGGUGGAUGCAGUGGUUAGGAAACUCCACACCAUCUGCAGUGAGAUGCCAGACAUGUUCCGGCUGUCACCAGAGAUACAAGAAAGAUGUAACAUAAUGGAGCAUGAGAACAGAUUACAACUGAAUGAAAGAAAAAAUGCUGUAUGGGAGAAACUAAACAAGAGGGAACAAGAGAUGAAGAACCAGAGAAGAUCUCCCGUACCUGUUCUCUCUAGGCAUGAGGGGAGAUCGUCAGUUUCAGAACAUUCAGACACUGACAGCCUUAGGGGUCGUUUUGAUGGCAGCACACGUUCCAGUCUGGGGUCUCUCUUACCUGACCGCAUGGACCGCCCACCUUCAAGGAACCACAAGUUCUCCAAUGGUGACCAUGGCAACCCAGAGAGACCCGCCUCCCGUGGGAGUGGCUAUGGUUAUGAGCACAGAGAGUAUGAUAGGCCUUUAUCCAGGACACAGAGGCUGGAGGCGGACCAAUCAUUGGCUGACAGUUCAUUCAACACUCAUGAUACCACCAAUCCAAACCUACCCAGGCCAAAACGUCAUGGGCAUGAACUCAGGGAUCCCAAGCUUUCUAAGAUGCCAGAUAUGCCAGGCUCACACAACCUGCUUGACAACAGACCACCUGGCCACGACAACCAUCAACACAGCUCUCCAGGUGCCAGAGGUUCUCAAAGUUAUGGGGCAUCGGCCACUGGUGCCACUAGCAGCGGUGCCACUGGCAACCCUCACCCAUUCACCGAUGACACAGAGGGCGCUCUAGCAGCACUCCCAGGACCUGGUAAAUUCAAACAAAUGACCAAGCAGCGUGCUGCCGAUGAUGCAGACAGCGGGUUUAUAGGGUCGAUGGUGGGGUCAGGUGUGGGGGAGCCUCCGGCAUUUGUUCAGCAACGUCAGGAACAGGAACAGGCUCUGAGACUUAGGCACCAAGCAGAUGAGAGCUCCACAGUAACAGAUGAGUCAUUAGACACAUCCACCCUGCCUUCUGAGAGGUCACAUGACAGAUCACAUGACAGGUCACAUGACAGGCCAAAGAAGGACAAGGGCCAGGCCACACACCACAGUAGAAGCAAAGGUCGUGGGCCAGGCAGCAGUAGAGGGGAGGGCAGCUUUGAUGACAGCCUGGACAGUGUGUCCAGCGCGUCCAGCAGUGCUGCGGCCAGGGGUAAGACACAGAAGACAAGGAAGAGGGACAAGACAGAGUCAACACUGGAGGCCACACUAGAGGAUAACACUGCAGACUCAGAUGUGUCAACACCAAGAGCUGUCAAUCAACCAGCAACAGCUAAGCCAGAAAGAAAAGACAGCAAGAAGAAAGAUCAAGCAAGUCAACAGUUGUCAGCCCCACCAGCCUCCCCUUCAGUCAAACCAGCAACAUCAGCAACAUCAAGCUCAGCUAAAGCCAUUGGUACUGAGGAAGUAAAGAAGGAGACCACAGCAAAACCAAAAUCAAAGGGAAGUAAAGCAUCAACAGAACAAUCUACAGAGACAGAGAACUCUUCACAAGUGAAGGUACCAAAAUCCCAAGCCACCCCGCCUCGCCCCAGCAGCAGGGGCUCCCCCACCACCGACCUGUUCACCACUAGAGCCAGGAGGGGGAGUGAGGAGAGUGGGAGGAGCCGUAGGAGCAGUGCUGGGAGUGGCCAGAGCAGUAGGGCAGCCGGAGAAAUUUCUAGGCGCGAGAAGGAGCUAAGACAAGAGAGACUUGAGCUUAGACAAAACCGUAUAGAGUCUCACUUGAAAGGACCAGUAUCAAGACCAGACCAGGUGUUAGAGGAGGGGUCAGCCCCGCCCCCUCUACUGCUACCCCAUGACCUCAGGAACACAGAGAUCGCCGCCAGAGUGAAGGAGUACGAGGAGAGGAGUGUUGGCUCUGAUGUGGAGGUGGGGUCCAGCAUCACUACAAGGGCAUCCAGCGUCAGCAGUAGCAGUAGGUUAAAAGCUCUACAAGCAGACAUAGAAAAAUUAAAAGAAGGCUUAGCCAGGGCCCAUGAGAAGUCCUCCCAGCCUCCCCCACCCCCACAGAUCAUCCACAUGACAUCCCAGCCCCCAGCGGCCGAUGGCAGAAAAGAACCCGAGUUUUACGACCCGUUUGACGACCCGUACGGUUUCAUGCGCAUGCCCCGGCGACGCGCAAAUUCCUUUUCUGGCGGCAGGGAGAGGGAGUAUGAUGAGUGGUACUGGAGCCUGCCCCAGAACAGGCAGUAUGAUGGGGGAGACAUUCCCCUGGGCUAUGCUGCAGCUGAUGCUUAUGCUGAGAACCCCAGGGUUCCAAUCCUGCCUGGUCAGGAGCGCACCAGGAAGCAAAGUGGCAAGGACAGAAUCAGACAGCGCAGGCAGGAGCGCAAGUCAAGAGGAGGUUUACCACAGUCGGAGUCAGACCCAGGCUUAGCAGCAGCGGCGGCCAUGGAGCAGGGUGUGGCAGGGGCCACAGCAGCCCCAGCGGAUGCCGAGACAGCGGCGCUGUACGACUACUACCUGCCAUCACGCUUCAGCACAGAGUCCAUGAGACAGCAGCUGUCUACACAAGGGUAUUUUGUGACCCCCGCGGGGGGCAAGAUCUACUCUAGCACAGGUGAAGAGGCUGACAAUGAAGACGACAGGGCUGUUUUUAGUGACACUGGCUAUCAGCAAAGGUCAACAGGUCAGCCUCAGCACAGACCAUGGUACCAGAUACGUCGUGCACCCCGGCCACAUACAGCGCACCAAGCAGGAUACAUUGCCACCCGCACACAGUCAUAUGAUGAUGUGAGUCAGCACCCAGGUGUGUCAUACAGAAGCCAGUCCUGUCCCAUGUGUGGGGGAUCAAGCUUCCACACCCACGGUGGAUUUGUGUUCAGACCCCCUCCACCAACCACAGCUCCACCGCCUGCCAGGGUACCUCCACCUUACCCAAGUGCCAGGGAUGUCUCACCUGUUAGACCCAGCCGUCCAAGGUCAAGGUCUACCUCACGUAAAAGGAGCUACACCCCUGAGUCAAGAUCACGUUACCGAGUGAGGGAGUACAGCCAGAUGAGUGACUCGGACGGGGAGGAGAGGGGCACCAGAAGAACUCAUAGCUUGUCCAGAGGAAGGACAAGAGCCAGGUCCCAUCACAGAAGUGGAAGUCGCAGCUAUCGGCGCCAUAGCGGAUCUUCUAGUGAGUCAGGGGAUGAUGACAUCAGCCUGGACAAGAGCCUGAGCCUCUCUAUGGACAUCAGCAGACUGACCAACAAGCUGCUGGGCAAGUUAAGAUAUGAGCUCAGCAGCUCCAGUGAGAGAAGAGACUACGGCUCGUCCUACUGGUGAGUGCCACAGGACACUUGCACUGACCACCAGGCUACUACUCACAAUGACAUUGUUGAUUGGUAAAGGACUGCUGAGGAAACCAGACAACUCAAUACUAACUGGUUGUGUUUUAAAUCUGUGAUAAAUAUAAGUUGGUAGUUAUGGUGUUUGCUUCCAAAGAAAAGGGAUUAAAAGCUUUAGUUUAAUUUCGUCAAUGGGCACAAAUAAUUAGAUUUGUCAAUUUAAAUUUGCUUAAUUUGGUUAAUCGUUUCUGAGCUACAGAUCAAUAUAUUAAACAAAACAAAAAUAUCAUAAAAACAUCUUUAUUUCAACAGUAAUUUUUUUUUAAUUUAAAAUACCAAAAAUGAUGCUUCAGUCUUGCAUUUUAAGAAAAAUAUUCAAAGCAAAAAGAAAAGUAAAUAUGUAAUGAUUUAUUUGAAGUAUCUUCACUUAUGCUCAAUUGAUUAUAUCAGUAGGUGAUAGUGCUCAAAGAACCCAGGUUGUGAAGAAAACUGUGUUGUAUUAUUUUUUUUAUACUGCUCUUUGUAAGAGCUACGUUAUUUUUAUUUUUGUUAUACUCUGUAAUUAGCUGAUGCAAGCUUAAAUAAGUCUUUAUGUAACUAUGUAUUUAGUAUAUGUUUUUAUGUAAUCAACAUAUUAAUUAGCAGUUUAAUUAGCAGUGUCUAUUUUGGAUUUAUUUAUGUUGAAAAAUUCUAACAUGUAUCCUAUGGUAGUAGAUCUUUAAAGAUUAUUUUAUUUGUUGAUUUGUUUGUGUUAUCUGCAAAUAAGAUAUGGAAUUAGAUUAGCUAACUAAAGUAAAGAAAAUUAAUAGUUAGUCUGGAUUCAUGGUUAGAAUGACCUAUGGUUAGAUAAAAUCUUUGGCUACAUUUUCCUACAGUUGGACUGUCCUGUGGCUAAACUGAUUUAUGGUUUACAACUAACCUUGUGCUGAAGUUACCAAUAACUGCUAAUUUGUUGCUAGAUUAACCAGUAAUUGUAAGUGUUCUUUUGUUGUGGCUAGCAUUAAUGAGAAGUCAUUCACAAUCAGAACAUUUCAAAUCAGUUGUGAAGUGUUCAGUAAAUGAUUAUAGAAUUGUCACAUUUAUGGACAUUUAAGCUGUUAAUACAAGAUUACCUACUAUUCUUUUUGCUAAAACUAUUAGUGAAAAUAUAGAUUACUUUGUAUAGAUCAAUAUUAUAUUAUUUGAUUUAUAAUAUUUAUCCAUAUUGUAAUG